AGCUCCAUGCACACUGUAGAGUAGACCCUUGUAUAAAAAACGAUCACCCCGUUUCUAACUACUAACUCAGCCUGGGAGGAGGGCGGGAGGGAGAGCUAAUAUGGAGCAUGCUGCAUGCAUCAGUGGUGCUGGGAGGGGGUCAGGGCAGGGGUUGUUGAUAUUGUUUGACUGAGGGAACCUCUGGAAGGCAUAAAUAGCUGUGGGAAGCAUUCAGGUCUAGCAGUCCCUUCUCACGACAGCCCAGGCACAGGUGGUGUCCUCUGCAGCUCUCCUCUCCUCUACACUUCACUCCUCAACUUCAAUGGAAAACUCAUCUGUAUCUGCAAACUCAGGGUGACCCACAGUUCAGACUAUCAUAUUUGGCAGCGAAAUGAGUUUGCCAGCAACGGGGUAAGGGAGUUCUCUGAGAAGGACGAGGCCUGGACUCUGAUGAAGGAGGUGGGGGCGGCUGGGGAAAACAUCCAGAGUGUCUACGGGCUGUUCUCCACUCCAGCUGUGGUCGGGGGAACGGGCCAGAUGACCUCAGAGUUCGAUGUCUUCGCAAGGCACUCUUUCCUGUCCUUCGUAGUGCGGAUAGUUCCCAGCUCAGACUGGUUCCUGGGAGUAGACAGCUUUAACCUUUGUGAAGGAGACCAUUGGAAGGAGAGCAUUACACUGGAGCUGUACCCCUACGAUGCAGGCACUGACAGCGGCUUCACCUUUUCCUCUCCCAACUUUGAGACCAUUCCUCAGGACAAAGUCACACAGAUAACGUCAUCUUCUCCAAACCAUCCUGCCAACUCAUUCUAUUACCCCCGUCUGAAGAAUCUGCCCCCCAUGGGCAAGGUCACCCUGACAAAGAUCAACAGCAACCAGAUCUUCAGCAUACUCAUGGAGCCCACCCUGUUCAACUAGACUGGCAAUGAGAUUAAGGACUCUCUCAUAAGUAAUCAAGACACAUAUUCCACCCCUCUGGACUGUGAGGUGUCUGUAUGGUCACCCUACAGACACUUUGCAAAGGCAAAUGCGGAGACUCAGGUGUGCGCAACAGAACACGCUACAUCCACCUACAACCAGCUAACAAUGGGGUAGUCUGCCUCCCACUGGAAAACGAGAAGAAAUCCAUCUCUAACAACUGCUUAUGUCUGGCCGGCAGGAGUAAGAAACAGAAAAGAAGAGGCCAUACAAGACGAUGAAAGAUACGUCCGUCAUCUCCACUGGAGAAGCCCAAGCUGUAAAGAUUGACCCUUUUCUCUCUGGGCCUCCUAGUGUAUUCACUGGGAACAGCGGAGGGUGGUGAAGGGAGUAAUGCUCAUAGUAAUGGCUGGAAUGGAAUAGAUGGAACGGUAUCAAACACUUGGACACCAUGUUUUUGAUGCUGUUCCAUUAACUCCAUUCCAGGUAUUACUAUGAGCAUGUCCUUCAAUUUAAAGUGGCACCAGCCACCACUGACUGGGAAAGAUUUAUAAAUGGGUCACAGACAGGCAAUUAUUGGGAAGCCAGAGGAAUGAAGAGGUUGUCUUGAAACUUUCCCCAUAGGCCUAGUUCCUCCUUGUGAUUGAUGUUCCCCUACGUCAUUGGGUUAUCUGUGGUAGCUAGCCAUUAGUCUGCAAAUGGAGAAUGAAUCAUAAGUUAAAGAUGAUAAGGCAGUCAAGCCUAAGAGUUGCCAAAACCUCAGAGAACAUGGAAAUCAUGGUGCUUCAAUGGAUCCAUUACUUGCAAUAGACCAGAUUGGAGUUCAGAAUUGCAUUGUAAGAUGCAGUUCAAUUACAACUACUGUCCUAAACAAUGUGCAUUGAAGUGUUUACAAAUAAAGCAUUGUUUUCCUUGAUGAUCUCUA